AUGUUGGUUUCCUCCCCGGUAGUUCCGGAAAUGAAGAAAUCCCCGAGUAAAGGCUCCUCGCCGAGCAAAACGCCGUCGAAGAACCGGAAUAAAACUCUGGAUGAGGAUUUGGAAAACGACAACGAAACCAACAUGCAACUGCUCGCCUCCUUUACCUGGCCGCAGAGUUUGGAAAAUAACGAGGGGGCGGAUGAAGACAAAGAGCAGAAAGUAUUAAACGAGUCGACGAACAACUGUGGUGUGAACAGCGUUUGCUUCUCCGGACGGUCCAACUACAUCCUCGCCACGGCUUCCUCCACUUUGCGGAUUCUGAACCGGAAGACAGGAGAUGUCGUCGCCGAGUACGAACAUGAAAACUUAACAACCGACCAAGACAACCCCGCCGCUGCCGGUGCCGAAAUUCCGAAGAUCACGACGUUGACGCUGGAUGCGGACUGUGACAACUGCUUCAUCGGCGAUACCGACGGGAUCAUCCACUGCUUGACCGUCGGCGAAUUUCUACAUGCCAUGGGGAACGAGUCGAAAAAACGGUCGAAGGAGUACGUUUCUGGGGCGACGCCGCUCUCGUCGAAGCAAAAUUCGAAACAGCGAGAAGUGGCGGAGGGUUUGUUUGGAAGUAGUGGCGGUAAGGCGGUUGCGGGAUCUGCGGAGGACCUGGCGUCGAAAACCCUGCUGACGGGUGGGAAUUGAGGAAUGUGACAGGGAGAACGUAGUACUUAAGUUGCAGGAGUACAUUUUCGCUGCAUACUGUAGUUGUUGUUGAGUCUGUAUUUGAGCAAGUGCUGGACGAAAAUUCCGCUCUUGCAACAUGUCACUGAUCAUUGUCUUUUGCGUGUAUAUAUGCAUAUAUUCAGAAUUUGCGAUGAAGAUAAUAGUAUAAAAAAUUGAUGACCACAUUCAUAUACUUGGCGGCUAGCCGGAAUAGAAAUGUAAAUGAAGAAAUAUGAAGCACCGAAAAAGAAAAAAAAAUAUCACCAAGACCACUAUGAAUUGAUGUCAUUCUUGUAUGAUCAUAGCCCUGUUGGGAAAGUUUUGUAUACCUAAGCAUAAGCUGAAUAGAACUAAUUCAUGAUGACACUGGUAAGUAAUCACCACGUCAAUCUCAAUGUUAGCGUCUCCUCGGGUCGCCGCAUUAUUAAAAAGGAAAGCAAGGGUUGCGAUUAAGAUGAGUCGCAGCGCUUAAGAAGAUGAAUGUAGAGAAUGCUUUAUCGUGUUCGUGG